AUGAGUAUGCAGCUGGGGCAGAUGUUCCCAGGAAAGGUCAAGGGAGCUGAAGACCUGCAGGAGAGAGGAGAAUCCCAGCUCACUACACACUGCAGUUCAGGGCUUCAGGCUUCUGGGCAUCGAGAGGGCAAGGCCUUCGCUUGGCUGCAGGCUGGCGCUGUCCGCGGCCGCGCAGAUGGUCAAGGGCUGAGCAGAUGCAUCUCCACUCGCAGAGCAGCUGCCCACACACGAGACCAGCUCUGCUUGGACGCGGCUCCUGCCGUGGAGAGCUGGCUGCCCUGCUUGGGUGUGAUCUUACUGGUGCUAGAUUGGAACAGAGGUUCCGGUCUGAAGAACUGGAGAGUUCCACGGAAACGCUGA